UUUUGGCCCUAGGUAAUGUUUCCAUUUUGUUUGCGCUCCUGAUAACUCGAAACAAAGGUCGUUCCGUUUGGAAUCGUCAAAUUACCGCACGCGCCCCCAAGGGCAUAUAUGUAAUGCCCGGGGUAUGCCUAGCAGGGGGAUAAUCAUGAAUUUCCCGAUCCCUCGAAUCCCCUAUUUCUCCAUCCUCUCGAGAACUCGAACUAACUGUACUUUCUUUAAUUUUGGAGUUGCUUCAGGGUAUCUCUAAUGUCUCAAAUUCCUGAUUUCUCAAAUCACUUUUCGUUGUCUUGGCCGAGUUUCAUGUCUACAACUACAACUCCUGCGGCUAAAACGUUGCGCUACAUUUGGAUUUGAUGCGAUUUAGACGAAACGCUUCGAAGAGUCUUCCAGAAUUGUCAAUUUACACGGUAAUUAGAGGAGAAGACCCUCUGCCAAUCGCGUGGAAAGAAAGUUGAAAUGGCAGCAACGGACGAAUACGGCGAGAGACCGUAUCAAGUAGCAAAUUCUUGGCGGGGGGAUUAAGUUAUAGGAAUCACGUGUUGUUGCUUGAGGCAAACGGGAAGAAGGUUCAUCUACACCAUGGCGGAGAAGGCUUCAUGGAGACUUUUGUUGUCUCUCUUCGCUCUAGUACACACCGUAUUAGCCUUAGAUUGUCCAAGUGGGUGGAACGGAUAUGGCAACUCUUGUUACAAGUUUGUUGUCCAGUCCUUGUUAGUGCGAGGUCUCAACUGGGAAAAUGCUCGUAGAGAUUGCCUUGGUUAUGGUGGAGACCUUGUUAGUAUAGCAAACCAAUCAGAAAUGAGCUUUGUUUCUAACAAAUCUUCAAAGGUUUGGAAUCAGCAUUACUGGAUUGGGCUCAAUGACCAACGCAAUGAAAGCCAAUUUGUUUGGAGUGAUGGUACACCCUAUAAUGCCUCAGUGUAUAGUAACUGGAAUACAGGAGAACCAAAUGAUCGUGCUGGUGAAGACUGCGUUGAGUUGUAUGGUACACGCUGGAAUGACAACAGCUGCAAAAAGGAGUAUGGCUAUAUCUGCGAAAGACCCCAAGGAGCUCCCAUGCCUACCCUCGUUACUGUGAUUCCGCCAGUCACAUCUGCUCCAAUUGCCUGCCCUGCGGGUUGGGUUUUCUAUGGCUCAUCCUGUUACAAGUUUAGUUCUCUUAGAAAGAAAUGGAUUGAUGCUAAGAAGGAUUGCCGAGCUUCUGGAGGGUAUUUGUUGAAAAUUGAUGAUGCUGAUGAGCAACAUUUUAUAACUUAUAGACAGAGCAAUGGUCAUAGGACAUGUUGGAUUGGAUUAAGUGAUUCUGCAGUAGAGGGGAGCUACAGAUGGGAGAGUGACAAUUCACUGGUUAAUUACACUCACUGGGGUACAGAGGAGCCCAAUGAUGCUGCUGGGGUGGAGGACUGUGUAGCAGUGUGGGGAGGUGCUUCAGCUGGCUAUUGGAAUGAUGAUUAUUGUGACUCGGAAAAGUAUUUCAUCUGUGAGAAACCUGGUGGUCGAAAUCUCUGUCCACUAAACUGGAGAAGCCUUGGUGACUACUGUUACCAGUUCAAUGUUCAUCGAGCCCAGUACAAGACGUGGGUGGAUGCUGAAAAAGCCUGCAUGUCUUUUAAUGGUUCAACUGAAUUGAUCAGUAUAAGCAGUGCUGCAGAGAAUGUGUUUGUCUUGAGGCAACUUAAAGACAUGGGGGUUUCUCAAGUCUGGAUUGGGUUAAAUGAUCGCAAGGUGGAGGGGAGAUAUGAAUGGAAUGAUAAAUCCACUAGCUCUUACAAAAACUGGGCAGCUCUGCAACCAUCUACUGAUGUUCCUGGUCUGAAUUAUGACUGUACGGUAAUUGAUGGCAGCACUCAGAAUGGAACAUGGACGACAAUUCCCUGUUCUUGGGCAUGUGGGUAUAUCUGUAAGAGAAAAAAAGGCAUAAAUCAGUGUGAUUCACCAUUUGGAAUGCAGGAUGACAAUAUCGCUGACAGUCAAAUUUCUGCCUCCAGCAGUUUCAAUAUUUCAUCUCUUCCUAGUCAGGCACGUCUUCUUCUUGACAGUGGCAACUUCACUGUUGGGGCAUGGUGUGCUGCACGAAACAAUGUGGGAGAGUACCUCCAGAUUGACCUAGGAGUUGUACGUCAAAUUAAGCACAUUGCACUCCAAGGCAGACCACAUUCAACAGACUUUGUAAAGACAUUUUAUCUCAAAUAUGGCAACAAUGGUCUUGACUUCAACAGCUUUGGUGAAAAUGCAACAGUGAAGUACAAGGUUUUGACUGGCAACUUAAAUGCUAUGACGAUCCGCAAUAUUAACCUUCCAGAACCAAUAAAUGCUAGAUUUAUAAGGAUUUAUCCUUUGACAUGGAACUCAAACAUCUGCCUUCGAACAGAGAUCUAUGGCUGUGCAUCCCAAGCUUCUUCCAAGAAAUGCGGCAUUGGUUGGGAGGUGGGACCUAAUGACACUUGUUAUCAGAUGAAUUCCAAUCAGCAGAAAGUUUGGGCAGAUGCACGUGUGACCUGUAUGAGCCAGGGAGCUGAUCUUGUUAGCAUUGUUAGCAUGAAGGAGAAAAAGUGGUUGAAUAAUCGAUUGAAGGCACUCAGUGGAUGGGCCUACUCAUUUUGGUUGGGGCUUAACGCCCGAGACUUUCCUUUACAGUAUUACUGGAGUGAUGGAAGCCCAUACAAACUGACUGCCUGGGAUGCAGGAUACCCCAGGAACACACCACAGAGUCAGAAGGCUUGUGUUGAGAUUGAUGUAACCAGGGGAGCUUGGAGGGAUGUUGGCUGUGGGGAAUACAGACCCUUCAUAUGUAAAAAGAGCAUGGCAUCUACAAAUGGUGUCAAGACUCCUGUUACUGGAAACUGGAUUAGUGGAACAGAUUACUACUGGCCCUUGAAUACAAUUGUGGAUGGAAAGGUGCUUGGGACAGUUCCAGCUACUGUACGAGGCAAUGUUUCCAAAUCAGACCGCUUGCAAAAUGGACGAGAUGUCUUGUAUUUCAAGAGCUAUCAGGCUUACCUGGAUGUAGAACAGUUUCAAUUUGAAUGUGUAACUGAUCCUGACCAGUGCAGUAAUGGAAUCACCGUCUCUUUUGUUGUUCAGUUUGAAAAUGGCGCAAAGACCUGGACUACAAACACUUUCAUUGUGGACACAAUUGGGAAAAAAACAUUGAUAGGGAAUCGUGGUUUUGCAGUUUAUGUGGUUAACAGUCGCCUGUAUGUAACAGUUCUUACCAAGCGCAAGAGGUGGACAGUUUCUCAACCGUUGCUAACUGGCACCAACGUAUGGCAGCAUGUGAUGUUUACUUGGCAACUAGAAAAAGGACUUGUGCUCUUCAAAAAUGGAACAAAAAGCACCUCGCAACGCUAUGGAGUACCUUCUAUUAAUUCUGAUGAUAGUUCAUCAUUCACUGUUGGAAGCAAGUCCACUCAACCAUCAGCUGGUGGUUUUUUGAUACGUUCAUUGGCGGUGUGGAAAAGAUCUUUGUCUUUUCAAGAAGUAAAUAGUGUUUACCUGGCUGAGUUUGGUAGAUGUCGAACAGGUUGGAAAGACUUUGGGCAGUACUGUUAUCAGUUUAACUUAGUGAAGAAAUCAUGGUCGAAUGCACGGGUGUCCUGUGUGAAUCAGCAAGCAGACCUGAUCAGCAUUCACUCCCCCAUAGAGCAGGCUCACAUAACUUUGGAGACAGGACCAUAUGGAUUGCAAUCUGUAGCUUGGAUUGGACUGCAUGACCAGGGAGUAGAAAGUGAGUUUCAAUGGUCCGAUGGAACUGAUGUUCAGUAUACCAACUGGGAUGCUUGGCAACCUGAUAACUGGAAAAACUAUGAAGACUGCACACAUGUGAAACAGUAUAACGAUGGACGCUGGAAUGAUCAGAGAUGUUCUAAUAAUUUGCCGUACAUCUGCAAGCGACCCAAAGAAUACAUCCCACCUAAUGCAACCCUUCCAACCACAGCUCCCCAGAAGCUGUUUGUUUGUGAAUGGACUUCUGAAGUGCUCAGUUGUCCCAUGUCUACGGUUCUGAACAUUAGAUCUGCAAUUUACGGACGGACUGAUAAAAGCAGGUGUAAUCAAGUGAGCGUUACAAAUUGCAAACUUGAUGUCACAUCACUCAUAAGUACGAAAUGCAGAGGAAAAAAUCACUGCUCUUUGAAAGCCACCAAUUCAUUGAUGGGCUCUGACCCAUGUCGAACAGUUCCCAAGUACCUAGAAGUUGACUACACAUGUGAAAUUGGUCGUGUUGUGACUCCUGGCUGUCCCGAGGGGUGGCAACGCAGCCCUGAUGGUACCCGUUGCUUUGGUUUGCUGUUUGAUCGCAAGAAUUGGCAAGACGCUAGACAAGCAUGCAAAGUUUAUGGGGCUGAUUUAGCUAGUUUUCACAGCAGUACCGAGAAUAUUCUGCUGACAUCCCUACUGGUUGACUCGUGGGACAUUGAAAAAACUGGAGGAGUAUGGAUAGGACUUUCAGAUGCUGGACAGAAAGGAGUGUACAACUGGUCCGAUGGAUCACCGGUUGAUUACUCCAGCUGGCUUUAUGGGCAACCAGAUGAGAGGUAUCAGUCAGGGAGUUGUGUCCAAGCAACCCUUCAGCCCGGUAGAAUGAACUGGUUGUUUUGGGAAGAUGUGGAUUGUAGUCCUAAACUUCCUUAUGCCUGCGCUAAGUUGCCAAGUAAGUUAUCCUUAAGUCAUGAUGACUCUACACCGCCACCUUCCACUGUGCCAACCACAGUUUCCAAUAAUCCUUGCACUUCUGGAUGGAUGAUGAAUGGUUCCUAUUGCUAUAAAUUGAUGGCGCAAAGUAAGACAUGGACUGAAGCCAGAGAUGCUUGUAGAAUGGUCAGUGGAAAUUCCGAUCUGGUCAGCAUCCACAGUCUCGCAGAGAACACAUUUGUAGCCAGUCUGUUCAGUGGCUCACUUUUUGCUGCCUGGAUUGGGCUGAGUGAUCGUGGCGUAUUGUUUGGUUACGUUUGGAGUGACAAAAGCCCUGUGAAAUUCACAAAGUGGAACCCACAACAACCAGACAGCCAUCAAGGGCAACAGCCGUGUGUCGAAAUGUAUUCUACUGGCGACUGGGCUGACACUGGGUGCUACUCUGUGAAGCAGUUUAUCUGCAAGAUGCCGCGGUCGGAUUACUCACCGUCAACAGUUCCUGCAACCAGACCUGCAGUAACAACAACACAAGCUCCCAACAUUUGUCCACCUGGGUGGAUUCUUUGGAAUGCCAUGUGUUACUACUUUGCAAACAAUUCUCAAUCAAGCAAAGUCACGUGGCGUGUUGCUCGACAGGCUUGUCAAAGUAUUAGAGGUGGAGACCUGGUCAGCAUUCUCAGUGCUGCGGAGAACAACUUUAUCAAAUCCAAAAUUGCAAGUCAUAGCAGUUACAGGUUGUGGAUAGGACUUAACGACCUUGGAACGGAAAGCAGCUACAGAUGGAGUGACGACUCACCUCUAGUUUACAGGAAUUACGACUCGCGAGAACCCAAUGACUAUCAUGGGCAAGAGGACUGUAUGGAAAUUAAGAAGUCAGGCUAUUGGAAUGACAACCACUGCAGUAUAUUACGGCCGUAUAUCUGCAAGAAAACCAACAACUCCGUCAUACCUCUCAUCACCAUGUUCCCUCCAACUCCUGGUCCAGCUCUUGAGAGCUGCAAGGAAGGCUGGGUGAACUAUGAUAAGAGCUGUUACCGUAUUGUGUCAGAUUCACGACAGUCCUGGACGAAUGCCAGGGAUGUUUGUAGGCGUGGGUUGAACUCAAGCAUGAAUGGCGAUCUUGUUACUAUAGAUGACCAGUACGAACAAGCAUUCUUAACCACUUUGCUUCUGGAGAAGAAGACCAACUUGUGGAUUGGGUUUAAUGACAUACACCAGGAAGGGAAAUUCCUCUGGACAGACAGCAGUCCAACCAAAUACACCAACUGGAAUGUCAACGAACCGCAAAACUACGGCUUGAGCAGGGAUUGUGUUGACAUGACGCCAUUCGGACAUGCUGGUCGAUGGGGAACUGUUCAGUGUGACCAGCAGAAAGGUUUCAUUUGCGAGACAGGAGCCCUUGCAGGCAGUCCUACGACUGGUCCUACAUCUGUUCCACCAGGUAACAGGACUUGUCCACAACAUUAUGUACUGCUUGGUGACGACUGCUUCUUUGUGUCUUAUUUGAAAUUGGCAUGGAGCGAAGCACGCGAAGUUUGCCAGCGUGAGAGUGGUGGAGAUUUGGCGAGUGUUCAUAGCUCUUUUGAACAAGCUUUCAUUGUGCUGAAUUUAAAGAAUUUCAGAGGAGGCCUGUGGCUUGGUCUCACCCGUCCAAAGUAUUCCCCUGAUUUCUUGUGGAUUGAUCAUUCUAUCCCACUGUACACAAACUGGGCGACUAACCAACCUGAUGCCCCGGACAACACGACGGCGUGUGUUGUCGCCAACAAUUCAAUUUCUUUUGCUGGGGGCUGGAGUGAUGUCGGUUGUACAGAGAAAAAUGGAUUUGUUUGCAGAAUAAGACGAGGUGAACCUCAUGUCUCCCCACCACUGCUGGGGAGUUGUCCCAGUGGCUGGGAGAAGUUUGAUAAGAACUGCUACCUAUUCAAAGACACGGAUCUGCAGCCCUGGACAGUAGCCAGGUACAAGUGCCAAAACCAGGGUGGUAACUUGGCAAGCAUCACAUCACAACAGGAGCAAGACUUCAUCACAUUCCACCAACAGAAGGCAGCUGGAAAUAUCUGGAUUGGUUUGAAUGAUCGAGCGCUUGAGAGAGGUUUUAGCUGGUCUGACAGUAGUCCUGUGGCCUAUUUGAAUUGGUUACCCGGUCAACCCAGCGACAAUAAGGGUUUGGAAAACUGUGUGGAGAUGUGGCCUCCGAGCAGUGGAUGGAAUGACCAGCGUUGUGGUGACAAGCGAGGCUACAUUUGCAAACAACCGCUAGAGUGUUCUGCAGCUCUGGGCAUGGCCAGCGGUGCCAUCAAGAGUGACCAGGUUACGGCUAGUUCCAGUCUAGCUCCUUCAUAUAGUCCAGGUAUGGCUCGACUUAACUCCCUGUCAGCUUGGUGCGCCAGCAAUGGACAAGAUGGGCAGUACAUUCAGGUCGAUCUGCUGACAGAAACCCGCCUCACCAAAAUCGCAACACAAGGGUUCAUUUUGAACGGAGUUUCAAGUUUUGUUAAGACGUUUACAUUACAGACGAGUGACGAUGGUGUUACGUUUAACAAUUACCAGAAGAACGGAAGAGACUGGGUAUUUGUUGCAAACCGUGACACGAAUUCGGUGGUCACGUUUUCACUCAAACCCACAGUGGAUACCCGCUUGAUAAGGAUUGCUCCAGGCACAUGGACUGGCUCUCUCUGCAUGAGGGUGGAGUUUUAUGGCUGCCCGUUUGCUUGCCAGACGCCUCUUGGAAUGCAAUCAGGUGCUAUACCGGACAAUUCUCUCUCCGCCUCUACAUUCAAGGACAACUCGCAUAAGGCUGUAAACGCCCGGCCGUCUCAAAGUGUAGGGUGGUGUUCUAAGGCUUCUGAAAAGCAGCCCUGGUUCCAGAUAUCAUUUUCCGAUAUGGAGAGAAAAAUUACCAAAGUAACCACCUGGGGAGGAGGCAAAGGAUUCGGUUAUGUCAAGGUCUACAGUCUGGCGCUCAGGAAGGUCGGUGACAACAAAGUGUGGACCGACUACAAGGAAGGAGCCAAAACAAGAAAUUUCCGUGGUAACCAAGAUGCUGUUAGUCCUGUGUCGCAUCUCCUGGCCCAACCAAUCAUAACUCUAGCCUUGCGCGUGAAGCCACAGUCCUGGUCGACAGCCGGCGCGUGUUUACGUCUUGAAAUCUUUGGUUGUCAAAACGGAUGUGACUCAGCCCUUGGCCUAAGACAAGGCUUUAUCGAGGACUGGGCCCUAUCAUCGAGUUCGUUAUUAGACCAGGCUCACGCGGCCACUCAAGGCCGUUUGAAUGGAAGUACUGGGUGGUGUGCAUCUGAUGAUGAUAACAAGCCAUCUUUUGUGGUUGAUCUGGAUAGGAUCAUGAAGGUCUAUUACAUUGCUACACAGGGCGCCGAUGAUGGCAAGGGAUACAUCAAAAGCUACACGAUUAGUACCAAAGAUUCCCAAAACAGCUCAUGGAAACCACUUACACAGGAUGACAAACCUAAGGUGUUUUUGGCAAACGUAGAUAGUUCAUCAGUGGUGAAGAACAGGGUUGCCUCUGGAGUACGAGGACGAUUGUUUAAAAUUGUACCAGGCACUUGGAACAUUCGACCAUGUCUCCGUUUAGAAUUGUACGGCUGUCCAACUGGUAAGUGUGAACGGUACUGCUCAUGGGAGCCUUGGAGCUGUAUGCGAAAGUAUGCAAGCAGCUUGCAAACAAGUAGACAAUGGGAAACUCAAUAUCAGAUUGUAGAAUUUGGUGCAAGAAGCAGUUUGUUAGUAAAGCAGUUAUUGUUCAUUGUUGUCAAUAUGUUGUGAAUUUACACCUUCAUGCCUAAAGCUAAAAUGACACAACGUAGAACAAAGCCUGUUUUUUCCAUAACUGUAUGACUGUGUGAGAGCUAUUUCUGCAUUCAAGGGACUCGCCAGAUUUGCGUAACUAAGGGACUUGUCAAAAAGUGCAGGGGGGUGGGGGAUAGGCGGAGGGUGGGCCGGAGCAUUUGAAAAUGUAGUUGUUAGAAAACACAUAACACCCCCCCCCCCUCUUCCAUUUGGCAUAAAACUGAGUGACCCACCCCGAAAUGGUUGAAAAUAGCCAUCAUUCAUGUUAACGCUGGACAAGCUAGUUUCACCCGUAAGCCUCGCUUUCAACGUGAAAAUGUGAAAAGUUAUCAGAAACGAAAUCCUAAAGCAGCAAAAAUGGAAAGAAUACUCACAUGAGAACAGUCAUCACGCAUAGGCUCUGUUGAUUGGACCUACUUUUUUUUUUAGCAAAGGCGUUGCUAAGUAGCUGACACGAAUCGAUGGUGACAAGUUGACGUAAGGACUUUGCUAGCAUUCGUGCUCUUUUCCUUUUGGGGAAAACUGUACUAUUUAAGCAAUAGAGCACUUUUCCGUGGUUACAUAACCUCAUCUAAACACGAGACGCAGUCGAGGGUUUGCAUAAUUUUCGAGUAUUCUCCCAACCUCCCAAGUGUUUAGAUGAGGCUAUGUAAACACGGAAAAAGUACUCUAUUGCUUUUAUAAAAUAAUUCUCAAAAAAUA